AUGGGGCUCAAAGCAAAGAAAGUUCUGCUCCUGAGAGCAGAAAACACUGACAGCGGCAACGUUCUGGAACCUCCAACAUUCCCUGGCAAAGAGUCAUUUGACACAGAUGUCAAUAAACUAUAUCCAAUCAUGGCCGAGUUACGAGUUUUCAAGACGGAUAAGGAGUUGGAGGUGAUGAGGUACGCUAGUAAAAUUGCCUCUGAAGCUCAUCGUGCAACAAUGAAAGCUAUCCGUGCUGGCUUAUACGAAUAUCAGAUGGAAAGGUACUGUUUUCAUUCAAUAUAA